AUGGCUGAAUCAUUGGAACCACAGAUUAACAAGGAACUUCAAAAUGCGAUGAAUGCGAUCCUGUCAAAGAAGUGCUGCCUGUGCAAGAAUGUUUUAUCAGUGCCUCCUAUAAUGAUACUUUCCCAAGAUGGAACACAAUCGAAGUGCGGGAGAUGUGAGCUUUCCAAGAUCAGAGUUGACAUAACAAUCGUCUCAAAGAACGAAUAUAAGGAUAACAACAAAGCGAACGAUACUGCAACAGUAGACAUUCCUAAGAAUGAUGUGAACAUCGUUGAUGAAUGUUUGGAAAAGUUUAAAAAGCAGUUACAGUGUCCCAUAUGCAUGGAGUACAUGAUCGGUAAAAUUUAUAACUGUGAAAAAGGGCAUGUAUUGUGCGACACCUGCAAACUCCAACUGACUGAAUGUCCUUCUUGUCGAGCAAGUCUUGGAGAAUCGAGAAGUUUUCCUUUGGAGAGUUUGGCUGAUGAAGUAGUGCUAGCUUGUGUGUUUUCCAAAAACGGUUGUGAGUUCACUGGAAAACUGAAAUUGCUUUCUCCACACGAGAAAGAAUGUGUACAUAAACAGAAGACUCAUUAA